AUGGAGUACGACUACACCAAAGAUGUCGACGCCGCCCUCCCAAAUGCCGAUAUUCUUGCCAAGACUGGAAACGUGGCGGGUGCUGUCGAGUCGUUGAACACACUGGAGAAGCAGUCGCGUCUCGGCAGUGAUAUGAAGAGCAAUGCCCGCGUCGUUCAACAUAUGGUCCAGAUGUGCUUUGACGGGAAACAAUGGGAUCUGCUAAACGAGACAAUUCUGGCAUUGUCGAAGAAGCGGCUUCUCAUCAAGGUGGCCAUCGCUCGAAUGGUUCGCAGCUGUUGUCAAAUGGUUGAAAAGAUGCCAACUGAAGAAUUGAGGAUGAAGCUCAGCGAGACACUCCGCACUGUCACUGCUGGAAAGAUUUACGUGGAAGUGGAACGGGCUCGUUUGACGUCGUAUGUCGUCAAGAAGCUUGAGGCACAAGGAAAACUGGAGGAGGCGGCGACGAUGCUUCUCGAGCUCCAGGUCGAGACGUACGGCAGUAUGGAGGUCAAGGAGAGGGUGGAAUUCCUUCUGGAACAGAUGCGACUAUCUGUCGCUCGUGAAGACUACGUUCGUGCCAGCAUCAUUGCCAAGAAGAUCAGCACCAAGUUCUUCACCAAGGAACCUGUUGAGGAUCAGGUGCAAAAUCUGAAGCUCAAGUUCUACGACUGGACCGAGUUGGGCAAGACGUACCAAGCACUCCUUCGUGUCGGCACCCCCGCCAAUCCUGCCACUGGGAUUUUCGACGACUCGGCCAAUGGCAACAAACGUUGGGAGGAUCUGCACGUACGCGUUGGAGAACACAACCUGCGCAUGGUGUCGAAGUACUACACGCAGAUCACGUUCGACCGCCUGGCCGAGCUGCUCGAUUUCCCUGUGGCUGAGAUGGAACAAUUCCUGUGCAAUCUGAUCGUCAACGGCAUGAUCCCGAAUGCGAAGAUCGAUCGCCCGAAUCGUAUCGUCAAUCUGAAGGCCAAGAAGGCACACGUCGACCAUCUCGAUCAAUGGGCCGACAAUGUGCGACGAUUGACCGACACCCUCAACAAGGUCUCGCAUCUGAUCCUGAAGGAAGAGAUGGUGCACAAGAAUCUCGAACAAGUCUCCGCCAUCCAU